AAAUAAAUUUCAUAUAAUAAAUGCAAAAAUGUUAAUAAAUUGCGCCGCAUUUGCCUUUUUCCUAUUUUCAAUUGUGUUUUUGUCUGCAAUGGACAGCUAGAUGCAUGUUUGUCCCUUUGCUUUGUUGGGAUUGUGGUGGAAUACAGGGGCCGCUGGUACUUCAUCUUUCAUUGUCUGCUGCACUCCGCUCAAAAGCCAAAGCUUUUAGCUUUACCGAGGGCGAGAGAGGGAGGAUGGAGAAAGCAUUAACAAAAGUUAAUAGCUUGAAGGUGGGUAGCCUGUGGAUCUCAAAGAAAGCCAAGGAAGAGCUCUCCAAUAUCUCUGAAGAUCUCACUACUUUCUCAAACACUGUUGAGGAGAAGGCAAAAUGGAUCUUCAACAAACUGAAAGGGAAGCCACUCAAAACCUUGCCAGAUCUCCUCCGAGAAUACAACUUACCACCAGGCCUCUUUCCUCAGAAUGUCGUCUGUUAUGAGUUUGAUGAAUCGAAGGCAAAGUUGAUUGUGUAUUUGUCCUCUCCAUGUGAAGUCAGCUUCAAGGAUUCGUCAGUCAUAAGAUAUGCUACACGCGUGAAAGCAAUUCUAAUGAGGGGAAAGCUCGCAGGUAUUGAGGGAAUGAAGACAAAGGUCUUAGUAUGGGUGAAGGUUACAAACGUUGCUGUGGAGGGCUCCAAGUCUGAUAAGGUCUGGUUUACUGCAGGAAUGAAGAAAGCAAGACCAAAGGAUGCUUAUGAAAUGCCCCGUGAUGCCGUCAGGGUUGAAGAAUUUUGAGCACACAAUAUCCAUCACUAUUGUCUUAAUCUUUGUUGGGCAGUAGGCUAAUAACCAUCGUGUUUGUAUUUUCGUGUUUGACAACAUCAAAUGCAUUACCAUUCAAUAUUUAAUUCUCGUUAGGUUAGCUUUACAUUACUUGCGUAGAAACAGAUACCAUGAUUGAACAAACUAGCUGCAUGAUUGAACAAACUAGCUGCAUGAUU